UUCAGAAAAUAUAUGGAGUCUAGACUAAAUGCAAACUCUAAUUGUACAGUAUAAUCCGGUUAUAACGUACUUUAAGGGACCAGCGUAUUAAGUACGUUAUAUCCGAAGUACGUUGUAACGAGGGUAAGUAAAAAUUGAUUAAAACCAAGCAAACCUUUUGCCUGGACCAAGAACACCGGUACGUUAUUUUCGAAAGUACGUGAUGACCGAGUACGUUGUAACGAGAUUCUACUGUAACACACUAUAUUGUCAAGACCUUCUCCCCGCCAAGGUACAAUCUAGUGUAUGAUUUUCCUGUGUAAGUGUAAUGGACCUUCUUUCCCCGUGUCAAUUAAAAAAAACUAAUAAUACAUUUGCUGAGUUGAAAGCCAAUGAAAACAAGACCCCCUGGAAAACUGCAGUUAUUAUUAGCAUGUAUUCAUAUAAUUCUAUUUCGUUUUAUUCAUUUAAUUGCAGGGGCGGAUCCAGUAGGGUGCGAGGGGUGCUCAAGCACCCCUCAGAUUUCGCAGGCUUUUUUUUAAUAGCAAUUGAAGGCACAAUCUCUUCAAUUCUGAGUACUACGCACAACAACCUGAAAUUCUAGCAUCCGCUUUAGUGCCCCGUCUCACAAGUGUUUAGCGCUAUUUUUUCGUUUGAAGAAUUGAAAUGCUAUUAAACUCCCCCUGGUUUCGCUAUAUAGCAUUCUACAGACUCGGAAACCAUUGUCUCCUCUAUAACCCAGCCAUUCGAGGCACCCGUGGCCUGUAAAUUAUACCAGUUUCUGCACCCGUGGAAGUGAAUUUAGCCAAUCACUGUGCCAGAUCGAGGGGUUCUCAACAUUGGCGCGAGAACCCAUGGAUUUCAAAAAUCUAAAAUAUCAAAGAAUACCGACUUAACCAGGGGGAGUUUCUUCCCUGUUAACUACAGUCAAAUGUAUUGUGGAAUUUGACCAGGGGGAGUUGGCAUUGACCAGGGGGAGUUGAAUUAUGAUAUCACCUUAAACAGGGGGACUGAUUAGCUAAAAUUUUAGGCAAAGCUAUGGAAAGUUCCACAAAUGGCUAGGUGUAGCGCAAAUUUACAAGAUAUGUUUUCGAAGUCCUUUCUGGCGAUUUAAGAGGCCAUUGAAUAUGACAACUGACAAUUAUCCAAAAUCGCUACUAAGACAGCUGAAGUAUAACAUCGACAGUGGAUUAAUUGGUAGUAGGGUAAAAAGAGAUACGCUUGAAGAUAUCAAGCGGGUAUUUCAACGUGAAAUAGAUGUUAGACGUUGGAAAAUUUACAAUGAGUCCAGGAAAGAAAGAACAGUAUGUACGGCUUCUUUGCUACAGUUUCCAAAAAGCGAGAACUGCAGAGCUGGAGAUCGUGUACCCAUCAGAGUUGCCAUUUGGGAUUAUUCAAUCCAAGAUUUCACGAAACUGGGACUGUGGAAAAGCUGUUGGGAUCAGAAAUUGUAAUCUGGGAUUCAGAGUAAAAAUUGGAAUUCUUUGGGAUUAUCCGGCAAGAAUGGACAACUUGUUAUAAUUGGUCCAUGGAUUGUUCAAAUUGACUAUUAUGUAACCCCUCAACACUGCUAUAAGAACAAUGUAUAGUGAGCCACAAAUAAGAAGAACGAUUGACUUGAAUUUGAAAUUUUGUGUGAUUUGUAGUGACUCUACUUAGGUCUGUUUUUGUUGAUUUCCCCUUUUCAUCCAUUCCAUCACAUUCUCACAUCGCAGCCAGUCGCAGCUCAGGCAUCUCUACAUCACUCUCAUAUUGCACAUUCCCUAUUGUUUACUUUUUCUUUACCACACACACUAACACACUAUUCAAUUUACUCAUAACCUUUACUCGCCCUUCCUAUGUUUUGUUUUUCUCACAUAAUUAUGUGGCGCGAGAAAAAAGCGUUAAUUGCCAAUCAUUUCCGUUUUUCAGAGUUCGUUUUCCAAACUGUUACAUACACUGACUGAAAAUUUGAAAGUGCUGUGUUCUGGUUCAUCGUACUUCAUACACAAUGCCUCAAAGCUGAAGCCUUCAUACUUAUAUCCCGUGUAUUUUUAUGCUCAAUCUUUGGCAACUAACUCGACUAUUUAUGUCGAAUUAAGCAACCGCAUCAUUGAAAAAAUCGUAAUUCAUUGCGCAGGAAAUAUAGAAGGCAUGGCUGCAGAGAAAAAUCUGUCCCUUUCUAUUACCUCUGCGGAGGAAUCUACUUUUGCACUUGGCGACCAUGUCUUUUCAUAUAUUUUUGUUUAGUUUGUUUAAUCUUUAAAAGUUCUAGAGUAAAUUAUUUGUUAGACUUGACCAUACUUUGCUCACAAAUCUAUAUGAAAAAAAUUGAAAACGUUGUGACAGUAGGUUGCCUUUUAUUCCAUUGUUGCUCAUAGCUACAUUUCAACCAUUGCACUGAACAAAUUGGCUGAUUUUUUUAUUGUACCAUAUUUUUCCAUAUUACUUUUGCAGCACGCGAGAUGAUGGAAGCAGUCUCUUUAAUGCAUGCUCACAAGCUUUGUUUGGAGAUAAGUCACUAGCAAGAUGCUUACGUGGCCUUACAAGCAUUGAGCUUUUCUUACACUCGAGUUACUAUGAAACCCAUCCCUUGAUAAAGUCACCGCAAGCAAUAGAGGUCUACAGUAGGUCUACAGAAAAUGCAUUACAGAACAUUGUCUCUGAUCGUGCACUUAAAUACUAUAAGGAAAAAUGCUUUGAAUCUUUAGUCGAUGCUGAGGCUUCUAUUGUUGCAAAUGACUUUUCAUCCUCAUCUUUUCUUUCAAUGCUUGCCCUUUCAAGUGCUACUGACGUAGUCAUUGAAUCCUACUAUCCAAUCAGUACCUUGGCUGGGGACAAUGAAAGUGAAGUUGAGAGUCGUAAUGGCAGGGAAUUACUUUUUAACAGCACUAUUUUGCCAAGAGGCUCUUCCUCUUCAAGCAAUACAAAGAUCCAUAUUUUUCGUUGCACCUCCUCUGAAAGUAAAUUUCCAGAAAACAAAGACUAUUACGUUCCUUUACUGCAAAUGUCAGAAGAUGCUUUAGAAACUGGAAGCGGCAAGCUAGGUAUAUCAAAAUGUCGAGCAAACGAUUACAAUAGACAAGAGCCAGUAAGAGCUUCCAAGCGUACGCAGAUGAAAAUAGAUGCAUAUGCCUUUAAGAAAGCUAAAUUUGAUGAUUCGGCAUCUUCUUCCCAGGCUUUCACAGUGGUUUCUUCUGAAAGCGAGAUAGUUGACAGCUCAAAAAUGGACGUUCGAUGUCUUCCUUUACUUCCAGAAGCUUCCUCCGCCUCUUCCUGUCCUCAAAAUGACAUAGGAAAUUUUUACCAAUCGUGCUCUUCCCUUUGCGAUCAAGAAAAGUAUGAUCUUCUGAACAAUAUUUGGAAACCUGGAAAGGAUUUUCAUUUCCCUGUCAAUUCCUUGGGGCGUCGAUUUCAGCAUUCUUGGUUGCAAAGGUAUCCAUGGCUUGCGUAUUCUUACAUGCUAGAUGGGGCAUUUUGCAUCAAUUGUGUUAUGUUUGGUGGUGAAUACACACAUAACGCUUCAAAGCUAAGGCAUCUUUUCAAAGAGCCUUUUAAGAGCUGGUCAAAGGCCUUGAAGAAGCUUAAUGACCAUGUUGAAAAGUCCUCUAUUCAUAAGACAGCAACGGAAAGGUUUACACAAUUUCGUUUAAGAAUGCAAAAUAAAGUGAGCUCUGUUGACGUCCAGCUGAAUCAUGCUGUUUCCGAGCAGGUUUCAAAAAAUCGGGAGAAACUCAAGCCAAUAGUUGGAGCAAUUCUCUUAUUGGCAAGGCAGGCAAUGGCUUUGAGAGGACACAGGGAUGAUUCUGAUUUCUAUGAAGUGGAUUCAAACAAUCCUGGUAACUUGCAAGAAAUUUUGUCUUUUUUGGCAACUUUUGGUAAUAACAUUAAUUUUCAGGACCACUUGUUGAAUGCUCCUGGGAACGCAACCUAUCGGUCCAAAACUACCCAAAAUGAAAUUAUAGCAAUUUGUGGUGGUGCUGUACAAAAGUCAUUGGUGAGCGAAAUACAGCAGGCAAAGUAUUUUUCAGUACUAGCUGACGAGGCAGCUGAUGUCAGCAAUGUCGAGCAAAUGUCUAUAGUUGUUCGUUUUGUUGAUGGUACAUCUACAAUUCGCGAGGAAUUUUUAGGAUUUACCGAGUGUAAUGAAGGUCUAACUGGCCGGGCAAUAGCAAAGAAAAUCAAAGAGAAGCUAGAGGAGCUGGGCUUGCCUAUUGCUAACUGUAGAGGGCAGGGAUAUGAUGGCGCAGCAAACAUGUCAGGAAAAUGCUCCGGUGCAGCGGUUACCAUACAACGCGAUUAUCCCAAAGCUAUCUAUGUCCAUUGUCGAUCGCAUGUUUUGAAUCUAUGUAUAGCGUCAGCUUGUCAAAUUCAAAUGGUCAAAAAUAUGAUGGGGCACGUGCGAGUCGUGUCUGAAUUUUUUAAUGUGCACCCAAAACGAUAUGUAUUGCUUUGCGACAAAAUAAAAUCUUUGUUUCCUCAAUCUCGUCAUAACCAUCUGAUUGACGUAUGCCGCACAAGGUGGGUUGCACGAAUUGAUGGUCUUGAGGUUUUUGUUGAGCUUUUCCAGGCAAUUGUUGCGGCACUGGCUGAAGUUAAAGAUAACUUGGAAGGAACGUGGAGUUCAGAUUCGUGUAGAGAUGCAUCCGGGCUUUUUUACGGAACUGUUUCAUUCCAGUUUAUUGUAACACUCGUCGUUGUCUAUCGUUGUCUUGCACUUACAAGACCACUAACCAAACAACUGCAAGCUACUGAUUACGAUGUUGUGAAAUGUGUCGAAAAGGUGAAAUUUCUAAACGGGUUACUCUCAAAGCUCAGGACCGAGAUAUCUGUCAAUCAUAAUUCUUGGUUUGAAGAGGCAACCAGUUUGGCAGAGCUCGUUGACACUGUGCCAUCAGCUCCAAGGACAGUGGCAAGGCAAUUGAAUCGAACAAAUACACCAGCUCAAACACCCUCCGAAUACUAUCAACGUUCUUUAUCGAUACCAUUUCUCGAUCAUCUUUGUGGCCAGAUAUCGCUUCGCUUCUCAGACACGAAUAUUGCUGUGCUUAGUGCGUUCCACGCACUUCCAGCAAAAGUGGUGUGCCAGCAAGACUGGCGAGUAAAGUUCGGAGGUUUUCUUGCCCAUUGUUGGGACGAUCUACCCGAAAAAAGGCACAUUGAUCUGGAGCUGGAUAUGUGGGAAAAAACAUGGCAAGAUUAUCAAGGUACUCCACCCUCAACCGUGCAAUCACUCUUGCCACUAAUUGAUAGACUUACAUUUCCGAACAUGUAUACAGUUUUCCAAAUUCUUGCAACCAUACCUGUAACCACUUGUACCUGCGAGAGAUCAAUAUCUGCUCUUCGUCGUUUAAAAACGUAUCUUAGAAGUACCAUGAAGCAAGAAAGGUUGAAUGCAUUGGCGUUGUUGCACGUUCAUCGUGACAUACGUGUUUCAAUUGACAUGAUUAUUGACCAAUUCGCCCAAAAACAUCCACGCAGGAUGAAACUAUUAGAUAUUUUAAAUGCUGAUCCUCGCUGAUGUUUGUAUUGUUUACAUUUAUAUUUUUAGGCGUAUUCUUGGCAUAACUUUCUGCUACGUAUAACUAUAACACUUUUCUAAUUAAACUCUUGCUAAAAAGUGUGCUCCUUAUUACGUCAGUAACAUACUGUUGUUGUGUUGUGAUCACAAUUAUUUCCAAGGCGCUCUGCAGAAACGGACAAAAGUCUUAGAGCUAUAGUCCCUUCCAACCAUCCUGCUCCGUAGUGCCUGACGUUCCAUUCUAUUCACCUGUAACUCAUUAAAAAAUUUCGCGCAGGAUGUCCAUCUUAACAUGAUACUCCACAGAUCUUCAAAAGAUACUUUAUGUUUUGUAAAGUUUAAGUAAAAUUGUAUCAAUUUUUUUGAACUAUUUGCCUUUGUCUAGGAAUAGCUGAAAGUAUUCUAUGGAUAUCUGUGUUAUUGAAUCUUAAGUUACAACUACUGAUAAGUAAGCUACUGAUUGAAGUGUAGCAAGAAAGUUAAUAAACUUUUAAAUUUUUUUUGAACUUUUACAUAAAUUCUUAAAUUGAGUCAUUCUGGCAUCUCAGGUUACAGCAGGCUUAAAUUAUCUUUAUGGCAUAUUAACAGGGGUACGAUGUUUGUCAAUAGCAGCGCCCUUAGUUAUGAAACUUUCUGUAUGAGCACCCCUCAGAAUAAUUGCUGGAUCCGCUCCUGCCGGUUAGCUGCUCUUAAUUUCAUUCAUUCUUUUACAUCUCUACUUCAAGCUCAUUUCCUCUCACUCUCCCUACUGAUGGGCAAUUCACUCUUGCAAAUAGCGUACGAGAUUUUUCCUAAAACAGAAGGAUUUGUUUCAAAAGGACAAAAGGCUCGCUUCCUACAGUCUGGCAUCAAAUUUCUUUUACAUACCAUGUGCUUUCUAUAUGAGGUCAACUAACUACGUUUUCAGUGCAACGAACAAAACAGAACCAAUUAAAUACCAGAACAUUAUAUACGUUAGCCAUUGAUAAACUAGAAGACACAAUUAUAUGAGUCAGCUAAUACGCCUCACUACCAAAGUUCGCUUAUGUUAAUCACGUACAAAAACAAAUACCAAAACUGUAACUCAUACGUGAUUAACAUAAGCGCUCAAAUCCAAAAAGAAAAUUGCUAGACAUGGCAGGAAGCAGGAAAUCUUCAACCGCUACUGUUCAACCUACACUCAGGGCCCACGGUCAGCAACAACGUGAUGUUAUCAAUUAAGGACCUGUCUAAGUUAUACAUGGAUUACCGAAAUAAAAAUUAGAUACAUCAUGAAGAUGAAAUCUCAAAAAUCAAAGUUGAAAUUUCUACAAAAAAUCUUAAAUCUUAGAAUUGAAGUUUCACACUUAAUUUCGUCUGUAAUUUAUUAAAAAUCUUUGCUCCUUGAAAAUAAAAGGCCUUCUUGCCUGCUUUGGAUUCUUAUACAUUGAACUUGGAUUUAGGGCUUCAAAACAAGACCUCUAUGGAAAUAUUUUUGCUUACUAAAAAAAUAGGGGGCAUGGCCCCUCCGGCCCCCGCUGGCGUGGGCCCUGAUGCCACUGCCUGAUGCUCAAUUUCAGACUCGAAUACCUGUUUUGCUUCCAAAUUCAUAAUUUUCUGAAUUGUUGCAAGCUAUUCAUAUUUUGCAGAAUCCCUCGGCCGAUGAUAUUGUGCAUAUGCUCAAAAAGCUCAUGUUUUUUAAAUUCUAGAAAAAUUUUUCCCCAAAUUUGAUUUUAGGCGAUUUUGGAUGUGUUAUAGAGGAAAAAUUCCUACGUAAAAUGAUGUACUUUUUGAUAGACGAAGACGUCGCAGAAAUGCGAGUUAAUAAAACACGAAGAAAGAACGGGUUUUGGAUUCUUAGCAAAGCAUGGAGAUCUGAAAAAGGUUUU